GUCGUGGAAAGAAUGUGACCAGCAGGGCUUACGCCUCGCACUCGCACGUUCUCAGCGCAAGUUCCGUGCUCAUUUACUCCGGCGGCAGCGGCGCCUCUUUCCUAGAUGUGGCGCGUAGCGGAAGCCUAACAGUGGGCUGCGAAGGGCACUUCGCCUCGACUCCUCCCCUGCUGGCCUCGGGCGUAGGCGCCCCCUCGACUCCUCCCCCAGGUGUUUGAGCUGGGCCGCAGACGGACGCUGGCCUGUUCGACGUGCGUUGAUCGGCCCGCUUUUCUGUCUCCACUAUGGCCCCGCUGCGCUUCGCCGCCAACCUGGCGUGGCUCUUCCAGGAGCAGCCGACGCUGCCACAACGCAUGGAGGCGGCUGCGCAGGCCGGCUUCCGAGCGGCUGAGCUGGGCUUCCCCUACGCGUGCGGCGCCGCGGAGUUGCGGGCGGCGGCAGAGGGGGUCGGGCUGCAGUUGGUCCUGCUCAGUACCCCGCCAGGAAACCAAGAGAAAGGUGACAUGGGCUUAGGGGCACUGCCUGGCCGCCAGCCUGAAUUCCGGGAGGCCCUGGCCUUGGCUGUGAAGUACGCCAAGGCCCUGAAAUGUCCAAGAAUCCACCUUAUGGCUGGGCGAAUUCCUGUGGGUGUUGAGAGAGAGGCAGCGUCAGCGGAAAUGGAAGCCACCUUCAUUGAGAACCUCAGAUAUGCUGCUGACAUCUUGGUUCAGGAAAAUCUGCUUGGAUUAGUGGAGCCUAUUAAUAGCCGGAUUACUGAUCCCCGCUACUUCUUGACUACUCCAGAGCAAGCUGCUGCCAUUUUGAAGAAGGUGGGAAGCCCCAGCCUCAAGAUGCAGCUGGACAUUUUCCACUGCCAGAUCAUGGAUGGGAACCUGACUCAGAACUUGGAGAAAUAUUUCCCAAUUAUUGGACACAUUCAGUUUGCCCAGGUACCAGCACGAAAUGAACCCGAUAGCCCUGGAGAAUUAAAUUUCCCUUACCUCUUCCAGCUGCUGGAGUCAAUGGGUUACAGUGGCUACGUAGGAUGCGAGUAUAAACCAAAAGGAGACACAUUGCAGGGCCUGGGCUGGCUGCGCUCAUACUGGGAGAGUCAUGGUCUACUAGAUAGCGGAAGCUAAGGGGUUAAUUCAGCAGCUGAACAACUGGAAUGAAGAGCAUCAGAGGUGGAAUAAGAAACAGUGAUGAUCACUACAUGCCAACAGAGAGAAAAGCAGAUUGAAAAGGCCACCUUUUUGGCAGUGGCUCAACCACAUAAAAUGUCUUUUUGUCUCUCUCUGGGCACAUGUCCACACCAGGAUAUUGCCUCCUAAUAAAAUUAAAUGACAUUG